GCUCACUGUUUGAGAAUACAAUUUCUUGGUUUUCAUAAUUCCUCUGCUAAAACCACAUUUAGUACAUCAUGGCAAAACAAAUCAUCUUAUUCAGCCUGGUAGCCCUGUCUUUUGGCCUCGUUGCAUUUGCCUUUGAGCCAAGUCCAUUGCAGGAUUUCUGUGUUGCAGAUUUCACUACCUCAGCAAGAGUGAACGGUCAUGUCUGCAAGAACCCUGCAUCAGUUCAAGCCAGUGAUUUCUCCUUCAGUGGGCUGCACCUACCUGGAAACACAUCAAACCCGAAUGGUUCCAAGGUCACCCCAGUGGCUGUAGCCCAGCUGCCAGGACUCAACACUCUUGGAAUCUCCAUGGUUCGUAUAGAUUAUGCACCAUGGGGAAUCAACCCCCCCCACACUCACCCCAGAGCCACUGAAAUCUUGACAGUGUUAGAGGGUUCGCUUCAAGUCGGGAUCGUUACCUCAAAUCCCGAUAAUAGCCUCAUCACAAAGACCCUUCAGAAGGGAGAUGUGUUUGUCUUCCCAGUGGGCCUUAUUCAUUUUCAGCGCAAUGUGGGAACUGGAAAUGCUGUUGCUAUAGCUGCAUUGAGCAGCCAGAAUCCUGGAGUAAUCACCAUUGCAAAUGCAGUUUUCGGGUCGAAACCUGGUAUCAGCAGUGAUAUUCUUGCCAAGGCAUUCCAGGUGGAUAAGAGUGUUGUAGAUCAACUCCAGGCCAAAUUCUAGGAAUGAAACAAAAGAAAUCAGUGACCUAUGAUCCAGAUUCCAUAUUUUGUUGCCUUUUUCCUUUUCUUGAUUUGUUUUCUGUGUGACAUGAUUUGUGUGUUUCAA